CGGAUCAUCUGGGAUAAGGGCUUACACCGGGCCACUGAAGCAAAGAGCACUGCUGACCAAAAAAUGCUCCUAGCUGUGGCUGGUGACAUGAAGCCUGGUAAAAUGAAUUCUGUAACAUCCGCCUUUCUGAAGAGGAGUUCCAUCUCUCCGAAACAUCGCCUCUGGACGGCCUUUCACAAGCCCAUCCUGGCCCUGCUGGUUGGGGGGCUUCUCUUCGGAGCGGGCACGGCUGCAUCCCUGCUGUACUUCACCCAGCUGGGGAACGUGCCCUACCUGGUUGGACCGGUGCUGCUGUCUGUUGGACUCAUGUUUCUGGUGACCGGGCUGGUGUGGAUGCCGGUCAUCAAGCAAAGGAUGGAGCACAAAGCGCUGACACAGAUGAAUUACAGCAAAUUCACCUCAGAGGUGUCCGGCGGCUACACACGACCUUGUCCCAGCAUCUCCCAAAGUGUAGAUUUGCUGGCAUGAUAUGGCUGUAUCUUGUGUGGAUGGUUUGUUACAGUUGUAAUUGCAUUUGUGGAAGUAAGCCAUUUCCGUCUAAUGGAGUUAUAAAUUAGUGGAGUUUUUUUUAAUUCUUUUUAUGUGGGACAAUUUGCAUCUUUCUGUCAAAUGACAACCAAACAAGGACUUCUUAUCUCUUAUGCUAUAAGCUGUCAUUUUCAUUUCUCCCAUUGUUGCCAGGGAUUGGUUAAUCCCACCAAACAGGAUUACGAAGGCAGAAAAUGCUAUUGAUGUUAGAGGCCAUUUGAAUGCUGACUUAAUCUAACUGAUGGUAUUUCUUAUUAAUCCUAACUCUAGUUUGAAA